AUGCAUUGUAAAAGAAAAAAAAGAAUUUACGUACCUGAAAGAAAAGAACGAAGAGGACUUCCGUGGCUUCCUAUUGUCACAGACGAAUUAGAAACUCCAUCCGUUUAUAUAGAAAAUGCAUACGCGUGUUGUCCGUAUCCUCCACUCCUAUUAGAAAAAUCAUGGACGAGAUCGGUACCGAUCAGAGAUACUUUCGAAUAUACAAAACCCUCGGAUGAAAUCGGAUGUAGUUUUAGUUUAAAUGCAACAAGAAUGAAUAUUCACAUGUUACCCCCACAAAAAAAAGAAAGUUGCCCUUGCCCGAUACCAUUGAGUGGUAAUUUAGGUUACCCUAACAAAGAAUGGCUCGAAAUGGUGGAAAAUUAUAAAGAAAAAUUUAGAAAACUCAAAGCCGAACAAAAACUCGAUGUUCGUGUCGUUAAACUCAGGGAUCUUUAUUCCGGUAGUUAUUUUAAAAAAAAAGAAGCGAGAGAAGAAGCUAAAAGAAGAAAAUUGGAAAAACCGGAGGAAACGUUAACCGAUUAUCUAGCUAAAGUGGAAAUAGAAAUAAAUGAAGAACGGAUGCAUUUUAAAAAAUUAGAAGCGUCUUUACCGGUGGAUCCGGAUGUACAAAGAGAAAAAUUAUUAAAAAUAAUUCAAGCAGAACAAAAAAUGUACGUUCGAGAAGAAGAUUUAUCGAGGAUACAUUACUAUAGAACUAUAGCUAUAGAAGAUUAUCAUUAUGAUCCGUGUCCGAAAGAACAUUUUGUAAAUGCUAAAAAAAAAAUUUCUCCAAAAUUAUUUCUCAGAAUAGAGAAUCGAAUGUUGGUGAGAAAACUCGAAGAAGAAAUUGGACAAUAUUAUGCAGUUAGCGCAAAAGAAGCCAUUUUAGAUUACAUAUUAUUAGAUCCGUUCGAACGUAAUAGAUUACAAAUACGAACGUAUCCUAUUAAAUAUCCAACGAUCGUUAUAACAUCUCCUGUACCAUGGCACUGUAACAAAACCAUAUCCCAUCAAAUGCUCGAAAAAAAUUUAUACAUCGGAAAUCCAAUAUUCGAUCGUUUGCAAAAUCUUUGGUUCGAAGGGUACGACAGCAUGUAUAUUUUACCAUUUGACGAAUUGACAAAAGGUUUCAUACCGUUAAGAGUCGAUCAAUUCGAAGAAAGAGUAUCGAAAAUAUGUUCGAAAGCUAAACACGUGCUUGUUAAAAAAUGGGUACCUGAAUGCGCAAACGUAAUUAAAGAAAUGUCACAUUAUUGGAUUCAUUUGAUACCGAAAAAACCUGAAGAUUCAAUUCAGGGUGUAAAAAAAUUUUUCACGAGCGUUGCUGCUUUAAUGUCAAUGCAAAUGAGAACUCUUGUUAUGAAAUCUCUAGAACAUUUUUGUUCGAAUUUAAUGAAAUACGAGGGCGGAAACGAAUACGAAGAACCCUACGAAGAUUUCAUGUUUAUAAACAUUUCCCUAUUGUCGACAAAAGUUAAAAACGAAGAAGGAACGACAAGAUUUUAUUUGGAACCUUCAUUAAAAGACAUUAGAGAAACCAUUCAUAAAACUUUUAAUAAAAUAAUCGAAGUUAAUAAAAAUGUACCGAGAAUCGAAGCCGUUUUACUCGAAGAAAUGUCCGAUCUUAGUUUGAUGCCCGUUUCAACAAGCGAAGAAGAUGUUAAAGAGUUAAUAAAAAAAGGUUUGUCGUCAUUCGAUGCCAACCAACGGGGACCCCUCAUCUACAUAAAAAAUUUCGAAGUUUACAAUUAUAUAUUUUCCGGGGAGGCAAAAAAAAAUUUAACAAAUUUUUUCGAACAGGAAUUUUUUCCAAGUUUGAAGGAUUUCGAAGUGAAAAUAAAAGAAUAUCGAGAGGUUUGCGACGAAAUAGCACUUUUAAGAAAAACGAUACCUUUAAAUUUUAUUUCAUUGGAUUGUUCGGAAAUAAAUGAUAAACUUUACAACGCCGUCGACAGUUUGACUAAUUUUAUCGUCGAUUAUUUCGUUACGGAAAAUCGUAAUCAUAACAGAGAAAUAUGUUCAGUUUUCGAUAAAAUGUCAUUCAGAGCAAGCGAAUUACCGGAAACUACGGCUGAAUUAGUCGAACUAACAAAUUAUCUAUCGGAAAGUAGAAAUUCUACCAUGUUUAAAUUAAAAAUGAAAAUUCAACUCACGGCUCAAUACGUUUUAUUUUUAAUGAAUCAAACGAUUCUUCCAGUCGAAGACUUACAAUUAAAUUCGAGAGUGUUUCUAUGGCCGAAUGACAUGGAAUCGGUUUUGGAAUUGGCAACUCAAAGGCUCAGCCACAGACGUGACGCAGUUGAAAAUGUAUUGAAAGCUAAAAGGACGGAUUUCGAUGAAACACUCGAAGAACAUCAAAAAAUUUUAGAUUCUUUUAAAAAAAAAGAUCCUCCACUUUUAACUAUGGAAGAAAUGAAAGAAGCCGUCGAAGCAGUCGAAGAUUUGGUUCAAAAAUUAAAAGAUGAUAAAAGAGAAGCUGAGAGUAUAAACGAAGAAGAACAAUUAUUGGAAUGGGAAAUCACACCAUUUAUGUCUUUAGGUAAUAUGUUAGUCGCCGUGGAACCAUUUCAACAAUUAUGGAGAACGGUUUACGAUUGGCACGUCAAUAAUGAAAGAUGGUACUAUGGACCCUUUAAAGGUUUAGACGAAAACGAAAUAAGAGAAGAAGUCGAAACCGUUUGGAAAAUACUUUAUAAAUUAGCAAAAACCUUUCACGACAUACCUGGUUCUAAAAGAGUCGCGGAAAUCGUACGAGCCAAAGUCGAAAAAUUCAGACAGUAUCUUCCGGUUUUGCAAGCGAUUUGUAAUCCAGGAAUACAAGACCGUCACUGGGCUCAGAUGAGUCAAUUAGUCGGUAUGGAAAUCGAACAUUCCGAUACUGCAUCAUUACACGAAAUGAUUGAAAUAGGAAUGAUAAAACAUUCUGCCAAACUCGAAGAAAUAAGUAUAGCGGCAACUAAAGAAUACACUUUGGAAAGAGCAUUGGAAAAAAUGAAAAUGGAAUGGGAUGAUGUUAUUUUCACAUUAAAUCCGUACAGAGAAACUGGAACGCAUAUACUUUCGAGUAUUGACGAUAUACAAAUUAUGCUGGAUGACCACAUAUUAAAAGCUCAAACAAUGAGAGGAUCCCCGUAUGUUAAACCUUUCGAACGUCAAAUGCAAAGUUGGGAAGAAAAAUUAAUAUCAAUGCAAGACAUAUUGGAUGCGUGGUUGUUGUGUCAAUCGACUUGGAUGUAUUUGGAACCUAUAUUCAGUUCGGAAGACAUAUUGAGACAAAUGCCGGAAGAAGCAAAAAAAUUUAGAAAAGUCGAUAAAAUAUGGAAAAUGAUAAUGAAAGCGACUUUGACGGACGCGCACGUAUUGGUUGCAACAGAACAACCGAACAUGUUGAAAAAUCUUAGAGAAUGUAAUACUCUAUUGGAUGAAAUUCAAAAAGGUCUUAAUAAUUAUUUGGAAAAGAAAAGAUUGUUCUUUUCGAGGUUCUUCUUUUUGUCAAAUGAUGAACUUUUGGAAAUUUUAUCUGAGACGAAAGAUCCGAAAAGGGUACAACCUCAUCUCAAAAAAUGUUUCGAAGGUAUAUGGACGCUCGAAUUUACUGCCGAUGAAGAAAUUAUUGCCAUGAAUUCUGCCGAACACGAAAGGGUACCACUGAGUGGUAAAAUCAUACCAGCCGAAGCAAAAGGAAUGGUUGAAAAAUGGCUGUCGCAAGUCGAAAGUCUCAUGUUACAAUCCGUCCGUGAAAUAUGCAUGGAAGCUGUAUCCGCUUACGUUUCGACCAAAAGAGAAAAAUGGGUUUUAAGUUGGCCUGGACAAGUUGUCAUUUGUGGAAGUACCAUACACUGGACGGCUGAAGUUUCUGAAGCUAUUGAAAUGCAAACUCUUGAUAAAUAUUUAGAAAAAUGUCAAUCGCAAAUUGAGAAUCUUACUCAAUUGGUAAGAAGUCCUUUGACUAGUGGAUCAAGGAUAACAAUAUGCGCAUUGAUUGUAAUCGACGUUCACGCAAAAGACGUGGUCGCGCAAUUAUGCAAAUUAAACGUUCGUCAAAUAACCGAUUUUAACUGGGUUAGUCAAUUAAGGUACUACUGGAGAGAAUCAACGGUUAUCGUAUCGAUGAUAACGACGGAUGUUAAUUAUGGAUUUGAAUAUUUGGGAAACACUCCCAGAUUAGUUAUAACGCCAUUAACCGAUCGGUGUUACAGAACUCUUAUGGGUGCCCUGAGAUUGCAUUUAGGAGGAGCUCCAGAAGGACCCGCUGGAACUGGAAAAACGGAAACGUCCAAAGAUUUAGCCAAAGCUCUUGCUAAACAAUGCGUCGUUUUUAACUGUUCCGACGGUUUAGAUUAUAAAGCGAUGGGAAAAUUUUUCAAAGGACUCGCACAAUCUGGAGCCUGGUCAUGUUUUGACGAGUUUAACAGAAUCGAAAUUGAAGUUUUAUCCGUAAUUGCACAACAAAUUCUAACCAUCCAAUUGGCCAUUCAGCAAAAGUUGAAAAAAUUCAUUUUCGAGGGUACCGAACUUGUUCUUAAUCCCAGUUGUAACAUCAUAAUCACCAUGAAUCCUGGGUAUGCAGGUCGUCAAGAACUUCCGGAUAAUUUAAAAGUUUUAUUCCGAACGGUAGCCAUGAUGGUUCCUGAUUACGCAAUGAUAGGAGAAAUUUCUUUGUAUUCUAUGGGAUUUGAUGCCGCGAGAAAUUUGGCUGAAAAAAUAGUCGAUACCUAUAAAUUAUGUUCUGAACAAUUAUCGAGUCAACAUCAUUACGAUUAUGGUAUGAGAGCAGUUAAAACCGUACUUUUAGCAGCAGGAAAUUUAAAAUUAAAAUAUCCGACAUCAAAAGAAGAUGCGCUAGUUUUAAGAGCCAUAGUCGAUGUGAACCUUCCAAAAUUUUUAUCCGAAGACGUUCCACUUUUCGAAGGUAUCAUAUCCGAUUUAUUCCCUGACGUAAAAUUACCUAAACAGGAUAGAGAUGAAUUAGUUGAGGAAUUGAUAAAUUCUUGUAAAAAAAGAAAUCUUCAACCGACCGAAUGGUACCUGGACAAAAUUAUACAAAUUUAUGAAAUGAUUAAAGUCAGGCACGGACUCAUGAUUGUCGGAGAACCUUUGGGUGGAAAAACAAUGGCUUAUCAGAGUUUAGCCGAAGCUUUGGGAGAAAUAAAUCAAAAUAAAAAAGUUUCAAUGAAAGAAUUUAAGGUUCAAUAUAAAAUAAUAAAUCCUAAAGCUAUAACCAUGGGACAGUUGUACGGUUGUUUCGAUGCUGCAUCUCACGAAUGGUCCGACGGAGUUUUGGCAACAGCAUUUAGAGAAUUUGCUAGUUCCGUAUCGCCCGACAGGAAAUGGAUAAUCUUUGACGGUCCUAUUGAUGCCGUAUGGAUAGAAAAUAUGAACACAGUGUUGGACGAUAAUAAAAAAUUAUGUUUGAUGUCGGGUGAAAUUAUUCAGAUGUCGAACAAAAUGAAUUUGAUAUUUGAACCGGCAGAUUUGGAACAAGCUUCUCCAGCAACGGUUUCCCGAUGUGGAAUGAUUUAUUUGGAACCCCAAAGAUUAGGCUGGAGAGCACUUCACGAAUCAUUUAAUAAUAAAUUACGUGAAAAAUUAAUUCCAGAACAAAUGGAAAUAUUAGAUGAAUUGGUUGAUUGGUUGAUCGAUCCGACUUUGCAUUAUAUUUUUCAUUAUGCCAAAAGAUUUGUCAAUUCUUCGAGUUUACAUUUGUUUAUGAUGUACAGUAAAUUACUGACUUGCAUGCUGGAAGACGAAUCCCAAUUUGCCACAGUUUGGCUUCAGUGCACGUUUUUAUUUUGUUUAGUUUGGGGAUUCGGUGGGUCGAUGAAUGGAGAAAGUACAAAAAAAUUUGAUCUUUGGUUUCGAAAACUUUUAUUAGAUCAAGAUGAAAAACAUCCACGUCCGAAAAUGUUUAAAUUAUCGAGACAUCAAUUGUUUCCGGAAAAAGGAACCGUUUUCGAUUUUGUUUACGAUAAAAAAAACAACGGAACUUGGAUUCAAUGGUUGGAUUUGGUUGACAAAGUAUCCGUUAAUUAUCAUACGACAUCUAAGGUCAGCGAAUUAAUCAUUCCGACGAACGAAACGUGUUGUCAAAAAUUUUUUCUAGAACAUUUCAUAACGAAAAAAAUGCCAUUACUUUUCGUCGGUCCGACGGGAACUGGAAAAUCGUGCAUUGUUUUAUCACAUUUAAUGGCAUUACCAAAGGACAAAUAUUUACCAAACAUAAUAAAUUUUUCAGCGAGAACAACUGCUAAUCAAACACAAGAAAUCAUCAUGUCGAAACUUGACAGGCGACGAAAAGGUGUUUACGGUCCUGCCAUGGGUAAACAAUGCGUUCUAUUCGUAGAUGACUUAUCUAUGCCACAAAAAGAAGUGUACGGUGCUCAACCACCGAUAGAACUUCUUCGACAAUGGUUAGAUCACUCACAUUGGUACGAUCCGAAAGAUACAACAAAAUUCGAACUUGUCGAUAUUUUGUUUGUUGGCGGAAUGUUACCCGCAGGAGGAGGUUCAAAUGAAGUAACAUCGAGAUUUAUCAGACAUCAAUACAUUGUCGGAAUAGAAUCAUUCGAAGAGAGCACUCUUAAAAAAAUAUUCGGAUCAAUCAUGGAAUGGCAUCUGAACAAAAAUUUCGAUGACGCAAUCAAACGACUCGGAAAAGGUUUGGUCGAAGCAACGUUGGAAGUUUAUCAAAAUGCCAUAGCAAGUUUUCUUCCUACCCCGGCUAAAUCUCAUUAUUUGUUUAAUUUGCGAGAUUUUUCGAGAGUCAUAAGAGGAGUUCUUUUAUGUCCGAGUACUCACAUGAACGAAACGGAAAAAUUUGUCAGAUUAUGGAUACACGAAUGUUAUAGAGUGUUUCAAGACAGGCUCAUAAACGAAAGGGACAAACUCACUUUGUUUGGCAUCGUUUACAGAGCCGUACAACCGAAUUUUCGUAUGCCUAUAGAAAAAGUUUGUGCGAAUCUCAUGCCUGAAGAUGAAAAUGUAUUGACCGAUUCUCACAUAAGAAAUUUAUUUUUUGGAAAUUACAUAGAACCCGAUGCGAAUCCAAAAGUUUACGACGAAAUUUCAGAUUUAGACGAAUUGGCGGAAAAAAUGAAUUAUUAUUUAAACGAAUAUAAUUUAGUAUCUAGAACCCCGAUGUCUCUCGUCAUGUUUAAAUUUGCCAUGGAACACAUUUCGAGAGUGUCAAGAGUACUCUUACAAGAAUCCGGUCAUUGUUUGCUUGUGGGAAUCGGAGGAUCCGGAAGACAAAGUUCGACGAGAAUGGCCGCAUCAAUGGCAGAAUAUUUCUUAUUUCAGAUAGAAAUCGCUCGUCAAUAUUCAACCCUGGAUUGGAGAGAAGACAUAAAAACGUUACUUAAAAAAUGCGGAAACGAUGACAAACCCGGCGUUUUCCUAUUUUGCGAUUCUCAAAUAAAAGACGAAGGAUUUGUUGAAGAUAUAAACAUGCUAUUAAAUUCAGGAGAUAUUCCAAAUUUGUUUUCCGGUGAAGAAAAAGCCGAGAUAUUGGAAAAAAUGACUACGGCUAUACAACCUUCGGGUAAAAAAAUAGAAAUGACACCUUUGUCUCUUUAUAAUUUUUUCAACGAAAGAGUUCGACAAAACCUUCACAUAUCUUUGGCAAUGUCACCCAUCGGUGAAGCCUUUCGCGUACGUUUGAGAAUGUUUCCAUCAUUGGUUAAUUGCUGCACUAUCGAUUGGUUUAUGGCAUGGCCAGAAGAUGCAUUGGAAAAAGUGGCUACAAAUUUCCUUACUCCAAUGGGUUUCGACGAAGAACUAACGGAAAGUUGUGUUAAAAUGUGUAAAGAUUUUCACACAAUCGUACAAAAUAAAUCCGAAGAAUUUUAUAAAACCUUAAAAAGAAGAAAUUACGUCACACCCACUUCGUAUCUGGAAUUGAUAAAAACUUUUCAAAGCCUAUACGGUACAAAAGUCAAACAAUUAACGACACAAAUAAAUCGUUACGAUGUAGGACUGGAAAAAUUAGAUUUCGCUGCGCAUCAGGUUUCGAUAAUGCAAGACGAAUUGCAAGCUUUACAACCCCAGCUUAUGGUAACCUCUGAAAAAACGGAAAAAUUAAUGAUUAAAAUCGAACAGGAUACUGUUGUCGUUGAAGCUAAAAAAGAAAUAGUGGGAGCUGAUGAAGCUUUGGCGAACGAAGCCGCAGCAGCUGCUCAAGCAAUUAAAGACGAUUGCGAGAGUGAUUUAUCCGAAGCAAUUCCAGCUUUGGAAGCUGCCAUAAACGCAUUAAAUACAUUAAAACCAGCUGAUAUAACGGUCGUUAAAUCAAUGAAAAAUCCUCCUGCUGGAGUUAAAUUGGUAAUGGAAUCAAUAUGCGUGAUGAAACAAAUAAAACCGGAAAGAAAACCUGAUCCCGGAGGAAGCGGUCGAAUGAUUGAAGAUUAUUGGGGUCCAUCAUUAAAAUUAUUAGGAGAUUUAAAAUUUUUAGAAAAUUUAAAAGCAUACGACAAAGAUAACAUUCCACCGGCGGUAAUAAAAAGGAUUCGUGAAAAAUUUAUUCCAGAUCGCGAUUUCAUUCCGAAUAAUAUAAAACAAGUAUCCGCUGCUUGCGAAGGUUUGUGCAAAUGGGUUCGAGCUAUGGAAGUUUACGAUCGUGUCAUUAAAAUUGUUGCUCCGAAAAAAGCAAAAUUAGAAGAAGCCGAAGCCGAAUUGGCGCUUCAAAUGGAAACCUUAAAUGCAAAACGAGCACAGCUUCAAGAGGUAACCGACAAACUCCAAGCACUAAACGACGAAUUUGCAACAAUGACAAAACAAAAAAAAGAACUCGAAGACAACAUAGAUUUAUGCUCACAAAAACUAGACAGAGCAGAAAAACUUAUAGGGGGUUUAGGUGGUGAAAAACAAAGAUGGGCACAAACCGCACAAGAUUUACGAGACACUUUGGACAACGUUGUAGGAGAUGUACUUCUUUCGGCUGGUGUUGUCGCGUAUUUGGGUGCUUUCACCGUAUUCUUCAGACAGGACAUAAUAAAAGAAUGGAAUAAAAUGUGCAUGUCUUUAAACGUACCAUGUUCAAACAAUUUUUCACUCGUUCAAACAUUGGGAAAACCCGUUUUGAUAAGAAAAUGGAACAUUUGCGGUUUACCCGUGGAUAAUUUUUCUAUUGAAAAUGGUAUCAUUGUUAAAAAUGCAAAACGUUGGCCCCUCAUGAUCGAUCCUCAAGGUCAAGCAAACAAAUGGAUUAAAAAUUUAGAAAAAGAAAAUAAUUUGGGAAUAAUUAAAUUGACCGAUAGUAAUUAUGGAAGAGUCGUGGAAUUAGCGAUUCAAAAUGGUUACCCAAUUAUGUUAGAAAAUAUACUGGAGGAAAUUGAUCCAGCCCUCGAUCCUGUUUUGCUGAGAAAUGUUUUCAAACAAGGCGGCAUAGAGUAUUUAAACAUCGGAGAAAAUGCCGUUCCUUACAAUCACAAUUUCAGAUUUUACAUGACGACAAGACUUCGAAAUCCGCAUUAUCUUCCGGAAAUAGCAGUUAAGGUGACUUUACUUAAUUUUAUGAUAACGAGACAAGGAUUGCAAGAUCAACUUUUAGGUAUCGUCGUGGCAAAAGAAAGACCCGAUCUCGAAGAGAAAAAAAAUUUAUUAAUUAUAGAAAGUGCAAAUAAUAAAAAAAUGUUAGAAGAAAUUGAAAAUAAAAUUCUUCAAGUUUUAUCAUCGUCGGAGGGUAACAUUUUAGAAGAUGAAACGGCGAAUCAAAUUUUAACUUCUUCUAAGACUUUAUCAGAAGAGAUUCACGCCAAACAGGAAAUAGCAGUUGCAACGGAAGAAGAAAUUGAUCAUGCUAGAAAUUCAUACAAACCUGUAUCCGAACACAGUUCCGUUUUGUUCUUUUGCAUAUCCGAUUUAGCAAACAUCGAUCCAAUGUAUCAAUAUUCACUAUCUUGGUUUAUAAAUUUAUACGUUUUGGCUAUAGAAAACAGUGACAAACUUCCGGAUCUGAAAGAAAGAAUGGCGGCGUUAAACGAAUAUUUCACAUAUUCAAUAUACAAAAAUGUUUGCCGAUCGCUUUUCGAAAAAGAUAAAUUAAUAUUUUCUUUUGCAUUAACGAUCGGAAUACAAAGAUCACACAAAGAAAUCGAUGAAGAAUUAUUUACAUUUUUUUUAACCGGUGGCGUGGCUUUAUCAAAUCCACAUCCAAAUCCAGCUCCGAUGUGGCUGUCGGAAAAAUCUUGGUCGGAAAUCGUAAGAGCGACAAAAUUACCCGGGUUGAGCCAUUUUCAAAAAUCGGUUGAAAGUAAUAUUUUAGAAUGGCAAAAAUAUUACGAUUCGCCAUCUCCUCAAGAUCAAAAUAUUCCACCGACGUUGAACGAACUCCAGGGUCUCCACAAAUUGAUUAUUUUGCGAUGUAUAAGACCCGACAAAGUCGUACCUGCGGUUCAAAAUUACAUAGUUGAAUUCAUGUCUCAAAAUUUUAUCGAGCCGCCCGUGUUUAAUUUGUCUGAAAUUUACAUGGAUUCCAGUUGUACGACACCCCUCGUUUUUGUGUUAUCUCCGAGUUCGGAUCCGAUGAUGGCAUUGAUGAAAUUUGCCGAGAUAAAAGGAAAAAAAAGAACAUUGCAAACCAUUUCCUUGGGUCAAGGCCAAGGUCCGAUAGCGGCGAAUAUGAUUUAUCAAUCGAUUACAGCUGGAACAUGGGUUGUUCUUCAAAAUUGUCAUUUGGCUGAAUCAUGGCUGAAAGAAUUAGAUAGAAUAACGCAAGAAGUUAUAGUACCGGAGAGCACGCAUAAAGACUUUAGAUUGUGGCUUACCAGUUAUCCUUCGAAUGCUUUUCCCGUAUCCAUUUUACAAAAUGGAGUUAAAAUGACCAACGAAGCACCGAAAGGAUUAAAAUUAAAUUUAUUAAGAUCAUACACCAGCGAUCCGAUUUCAAAUCCAAAUUUUUUCGAUUCUUGUAAACAAAUAAAUGCUUGGCAAAAAUUAUUGUUUGCUUUGGUAUUUUUUCAUGCUUUGGUACAAGAAAGAAGAAAAUUUGGUCCUUUGGGAUGGAAUAUACCGUACGAAUUCAAUGAAUCCGAUUUACGCAUAAGCGUUUUGCAGUUACAGAUGUUUUUAAAUGAAUAUGACACAGUUCCAUUUCAUGCAUUAACUUAUUUAACUGGAGAAUGUAAUUACGGAGGUAGAGUUACAGAUGACAAAGACAGAAGACUCUUAAAUUCUUUACUGUCGAUAUUUUAUUGUCCAGAAGUCAUUGAAAAUCCAAGCUAUGUAUUUUCCGACAGUGGACUUUAUUACGUACCAUUAGCUUCCGAUCAUGCUUCAAUUCUUGAAUAUAUAAAAUCACUACCGUUAAAUCCUAAACCGGAAGUUUUUGGACUCCAUGAAAAUGCAGAUAUUACAAAAGACAAUAACGAAACGACAAUGCUGUUGAGAGGAGUUUUACUCACUCAACCACAAAUCGGUUCUGGAACGGGUGGAGAAGAAAAAGGCGAUGAAGUAUCUGAAUUAGCAGCAAAUAUUUUAAGACAAAUCCCAGAUAAAUACAAUGUGGAAGCUGUUUCUGAAAAAUAUCCGAUACUUUACAUGAAUUCAAUGAAUACGGUUCUUAAACAAGAAUUGAUUCGAUUCAACCGAUUGAUUGAAGCCAUAAAAACGAGUUUGGCUAACGUAAGGAGAGCAAUUGCUGGAGAAAUAGUUAUGACACCGCAAUUGGAAGAAGUAAAUAUGAGUUUAAUUGUUGGUCGAGUUCCAGCUGUUUGGGCAUCAAAAUCUUAUCCAUCGUUAAAACCCUUGGGCAGUUACGUCACGGAUUUUUUGCUAAGGUUAAAAUUUUUACAAAAUUGGAUCGAUAAUGGAGUACCUACAGUAUUUUGGUUAUCCGGAUUUUAUUUCACGCAAUCAUUUUUAACAGGAGUUUUACAAAAUUUUUCAAGGGCUAAUAAAGUACCCAUUGAUAAAGUUGGAUUCACAUUUGAAGUAACGGAUUUUGAAGCUCAUGUACAAGUGGAUAGUAAUCCUCCUUUUGGUGUUUACACAAAAGGAUUGUUUUUGGAAGGUGCUAGAUGGGAUAGAUUAAACAAGGUACUUGCUGAAUCUUUACCUAAAAUUUUGUACGAUUGCAUACCCAUAAUAUGGUUUAAACCUGGAGAGAAGGCAAAUUUUAUUCCGGUUCCAUCAUACAAAUGUCCCAUAUAUAAAACCAGUGCUAGAAGAGGAAUUUUAUCCACAACUGGUCAUUCGACUAAUUUCGUUAUGUUUCUAGAAUUAAUUAGUGAUCAACCUGAAAAACAUUGGAUUAAUAGAGGAGUUGCUUUACUUUGUGCAUUAGAUGAUUAA